AGCACAUUUGAGGCGACUCGGCCGUGGCGAUAAAUAUGAAGGACAGCUUGGGACCUCCGAUACUGACGGGUAUGGGUUGGCUGCCAGAAUGUACUCAUCAGUUUUGGUGAUUCUCAUCUCUUUGGCCAUUGGUACGAUUGCGUAUCCUUCGACGUGGGACCAUGUUGUUCAUGAACGGAGACAGGUUAUGCCUGAGGGGUGGAACAGGCAUUCGAGGUUACAUCCAGAACGUGUUUUACCGAUGAGGAUCGCGUUGAAGCAGUCAAAUAUCGAUGAUCUCGAUAGCCAUCUGAUGAGGAUCUCGAGUCCUGAUUCGGAAGAUUAUGGAAAACAUUGGUCGUACGAGGAGAUUGUGGAUAUGUUCGCGCCGAGUCCUGAUACUGUCCAGGCAGUUCAUGACUGGCUGCUUUCUGCUGGUAUCAUUGGCGAUAGAGUCUCGAAAUCUCGGUCCUUGGGCUGGUUGCAUCUUAAUGUAUCGGUGGGAGAAGCGGAGGCACUUCUCAGAACUGAAUAUCAUCUUUAUGAACAUGAAGUCACACGGCAAGGUCAUGUUGCUUGUGAGGCGUAUCAUGUCCCCAGGCAUAUUCAAUCCCACAUCGACUUCAUAACGCCAACUAUCCAUUUCGACACGAAAGUCCUUCCUUCUCGGACCAACGAGAAGAGAUCUGGGGCAGGCUUUGGUCAUUCUGGAAGGCCACCAUGGCUACCUAAGGUCUCUCCGAUUGCGAAACCGAUCUUGAAUAAUCUUCAGGAUUGUCACAAUAAUGUGACGCCUGAUUGUUUGAGAGCACUUUAUGGAAUCCCGAGUCUUCCACCCGGAAUGAGAACGAAUGUGAAAUACACACCUCAGUCGUAUCUAGGGUCAGAUCUCGACGUCUUCUUUAGUAACUACUCCAAAAGCCAGGUCCAAAGGCGCCCUACCCUUCUGUCGGUCGACGGAGGAGAUGUAAAUGACAUUCCAAAUCUUGGUCAAAAUACAGAAUCUAACCUCGACCUACAAUAUGCCAUGGCCCUUGUCAACCCUCUCAAUGUCACCCUUUUCCAGGUAGGCGACAUGAUCGAGACCGACUACACCUCGUUUAACAACUUCCUGGAUUCCAUCGACGCGUCCUAUUGCUCUUCCAAUGAUGCCACGGACAACGUGACAAGCCCGACAGUCGAUGCCAUCUACCCUGACCCGCUCCCUGGUGGUUACACUGGACCACGUAACUGCGGCGGUCAUGCAGCUUCAAAAGUCAUAAGUACCUCCUACUCCUACAAUGAGCACGAUCUCAGCCCCGCCUAUGAGACUCGUCAGUGCAACGAGUACGCGAAAUUGGGACUUGCUGGUACCACAUUCCUCUACUGUUCAUCAGACUACGGCGUUGCCGGUUCUCAAGGGAGAUGUCUGGACCCCACCACGAAGAGCUACAACGAUGGCUCAUCUGGCUCAUCGAUGUUCGUCCCAUCCUUUCCAAGCACAUGUCCAUACGUCUUGUCCGUCGGAGCAACACAAAUCAAGCCCAAUGCAUCUGUAACUGAGCCCGAGAUUGCUUGCUCGACAAAAAUCGCGUCUGGAGGUGGGUUCUCGAAUGUGUUCCAAAUGCCCUCUUAUCAGUCCCAGGCGGUGAAGUCUUGGUUCAGGAAUUAUCCUCCACCUUAUGGCGCUGAACGCUUCAACAAUUCUCAGCUGACGAGAGGAUACCCGGAUGUUAGCGCCAAUGGGGCAAGAUAUGUCGUUGCCCUUCUUGGUGGAUAUAAUUACCACUUGUAUGGAACAUCGGCUUCAGCGCCCACGUUUGGAUCAAUACUCGCACUCAUCAAUGAGGCCAGGAUGAACAUUGGGAAAGGUCCAAUAGGAUUUAUUAACCCGACACUCUACGCUCAUCCGUAUCUUUUGAAUGAUAUCGUAAAUGGAACAAAUCCCGGCUGUGGCACGGCUGGCUUUGAAGCUUCUCCCGGAUGGGAUCCAGUAACCGGGCUUGGAACCCCAAAUUAUCCUAGAAUGUUGCAGUUCUUUCUCAGUCAUUAGUAAUUAGAAGAAAACAACUCAACUUCAAAUAUGAUCAUACUACAUGGGUCAGAAUUCUGGUGCUCUAUGCAGUGGGAUAAUUAGAUUUGUGCGAUCGAAACUCGAGCUUGAUGCCUCACUUCAGUUCACGAUUCAGG